CUCUCUCUGAGCUCGAGUCUCUCUUCCCCCUCUGAGCCUUCACGAGCUCUCCUCCCAGAGACCUGCGCGAGGCGGCCACUGAAGCGCGAGGCGAAUAUCCCCCCCGCUCUCCCCGUUACUUCAGUCAACAUGGCUACAAUUGUAACCUCGACCAGAUUCACAGACGAAUACCAGCUGUACGAGGAACUCGGAAAGGGUGCCUUCUCCGUUGUCCGCCGGUGCGUCAAAAAGUCCACGGGCCAGGAGUAUGCUGCUAAAAUCAUCAACACGAAAAAGCUCUCGGCCAGAGAUCACCAGAAACUGGAGCGUGAGGCGAGGAUCUGUCGUCUGCUGAAGCAUCCAAACAUAGUACGACUCCAUGACAGCAUCUCGGAAGAAGGCUUCCAUUACCUUGUCUUUGACCUCGUCACUGGAGGAGAGCUGUUUGAGGACAUUGUUGCUAGAGAGUAUUACAGCGAGGCAGAUGCCAGCCACUGCAUCAAUCAGAUCCUGGAGAGCGUCAGCCACAUCCACCAGCAUGAUAUCGUGCACAGAGACCUCAAGCCAGAGAACCUGCUCCUGGCCAGUAAGAUGAAGGGAGCAGCAGUGAAGCUUGCAGACUUCGGUCUGGCCAUCGAGGUGCAAGGUGACCAACAGGCGUGGUUUGGUUUCGCUGGAACUCCGGGUUAUCUGUCUCCAGAAGUGUUGAGGAAGGACCCGUACGGCAAGCCAGUGGAUAUAUGGGCAUGUGGUGUGAUCCUGUACAUCUUAUUGGUGGGCUACCCCCCCUUCUGGGACGAGGACCAACACAAACUUUACCAACAAAUUAAGGCCGGUGCUUAUGAUUUCCCAUCUCCAGAGUGGGACACAGUUACCCCCGAGGCCAAGAAUCUGAUCAAUCAGAUGUUAACGAUUAACCCUGCCAAAAGAAUCACUGCCGACCAGGCCCUGAAGCAUCCCUGGGUCUGCCAACGCUCCACCGUGGCCUCCAUGAUGCACCGUCAAGAGACUGUGGAAUGUCUGCGCAAGUUCAACGCCAGGCGGAAACUCAAAGGAGCUAUCCUCACAACAAUGUUGGUGUCCAGAAACUUUUCAGUGGGACGGCAGCAUACCAGCCCUGCCGCUACCACCAGCACGGCCGCAAUGGCACAGGAAGCUUGCAAAACUUUACUAAAUAAAAAGUCAGAUGGUGUUAAGUCGCAGGGAAACAACAGUAAAAACAGUGUAGUAAGCAGCAGCAGCACCAAAGACAGCAGCAUGUCAUCUUCAGCUCCAAUGGAAGCCCAGACAACUGUUGUACACAACCCAGCUGAUGGCACCAAGGGCUCCACAGAGAGCUGCAAUAACACAGAAGAGGAGGAAAUGAAAGGUAGGAAAGCUGCUGCCGGUGAAUCUACUAGCACAGAGAGUGCAGGGUUAAGUCAGUGCAGCACUGUUGAGGAGCAGGCCCAGACCCCAUCUCCUCACAACCCACCAGCCUCCUCAGGUCCCCUGCAGAAGGCUGGUAGCAGCCCCUCUGUCCCUGCACCUCAGAGCUCCUGUGCUAAGCCAGAGUCUGCCCUCUUACCCCCCGCACGCAGCAGCAACCUGCAGCAGACUCGUAAACAGGAGAUAAUAAAGAUGACAGAGCAGCUGAUUGAAGCCAUCAACAAUGGAGAUUUUGAGGCUUACACGAGAAUUUGUGAUCCAGGACUGACUUCUUUUGAGCCAGAGGCCCUUGGAAACCUGGUGGAGGGCAUGGACUUCCACAAGUUCUACUUUGAGAAUCUUCUCAGUAAAAACAGCAAACCAGUGCACACCACCAUCCUCAACCCCCACGUCCAUCUGAUCGGUGAGGACGCUGCCUGCAUCGCCUACAUCCGCCUGACGCAGUACAUCGACACCCAGGGUCGGCCGCGCUCCUGCCAAUCGGAGGAGACGCGCGUGUGGCAUCGCCGCGACGCCAAAUGGCUCAAUGUGCACUUCCACUGCUCAGGAGCACCAGCUGCACCCCUGCAGUGAACUGAAUACCCGGGCCCAGCUUUGCCUGAACUCUAAAGCUGUUUGGAGCAUUUAUCCUCCGUGGUCGGAGCGGUGCCUGGAUCCUGGCUGGGAAGAGGCUGCUUGGAAAACACAAGUGUACAUUACAAAUUUACGAAAGGAAAACAAAACGUAAUCCAAAAUAAUAAAUAAAAAUAAAUCAUAUUUCAAAAGCUUGACUGAAUGACCAACCAACACCAAUCCAGUCCAAUCCUAGCUAUGAUGUUAGGGCUCGACCGACGUCGGCCCCUCCUUGCAGAUGGUGCAUGCUUCUGGCGGCAACACGAGGGUGUUGCUGUCCCGGUCCUUUUCUCCCAUGGCCUUUAUUUCCCCGUCUUUGUUUUGUCUGCCGUGUGGAAAGGUAUUAACGUGUUAAAAAAAAAAAAAACUAUAUAUAUAUAACAACUGAAAAACAAGUACACUUCACACAGUGAGUAUGACUGGGGCAGCAAGUAUAUCUGGAAAAAAUGUGAUUUCUUUUAGUCUUGACAGAACAGCAGAACGUCCACUUCAGUGCAAGUAUUGUUUGUUUUAUUGUUACCGGUUUUUGUGCGCGGGGUUAAGGGAAUGGACGCAACUAAUAUCUACUUAAUAUCAGAAUUCAGUUUCAGUGUCACCUUUGUGCAACGAUAUUUUCAAAGGGGUUAGGUGUUGUGAUAUUUUACUGAAGGGACCUUUAGUUUCAUUUUGUCUUUUUGUAUUAUGUGCUGUUAAGAGUUACGUAUUAUCUCCUGACUGAGGGAUAAUAUUUUAAAGUAUUUUGUGUUAAAAAAAAAACAAAAACAAUUUUUAAUCAAAAUGGGGAUUUUAUUUAACAGAGUUGUGUAUAAAUAAAUAUUUAUAUAGGAGAAUAGGGGAUGUGCUUUAAGGGUGUAGGGAGGGGGGUUUGGCAUGAUGAGUGUUUUUUUUUUGUUUUGUUUUGUUCUUUCUUGCUUUGAGGUCCCGCGGUGUAAAUAGAAACAAGUAUAUUUACACACAAACAUGCAUGUACAGUAGUCAAGGUCUCUGUGCUCCGACCUUUGAGGUGGAGCGUCUCUCGAGCUUUAGACACAACAUCCAGGCCAGCUCAUCCUGAAGUUGCAGAAGGCCUCCACCUGUCUGCCCUGACAAUGUCGAACAAUAGGUGGCGCCAUUGGUCAAAGUCUAAAGCUCCUCCAAUUUCUGAACUACCUAAUCCGACAGCACGGACACACUCUCGCGCCAACUUCUUACUUUUACUUUGUCUGUUUCUGUGUGUUUUGACGUGAAGCAUGAUUUAUUUGAACUAUCUAAUGGCCUGUACUGUUUUUGCACAGACACUUAAGACUCGAUGCUGUUGUGUUUGCUCUUCUGAGGGAGUGAACCUUUCUGCAACUUCAGGUUACACUUGCCAAAAUCCUUUCCUUCCACCCCACCCUACCUCUGCCCCUCUACUUCCAUCAUUCCUACUCUCCACAUCUGGUGUGACCAUUGCUAGCCAGUCCAUCACUGUCUUAGUAGCACCACGCUGUGUGAUGAUGAUGAUGAAGAUGUCACCGUCUCUUGUUCUGAUUGUGUUUUUAAAAGUUGUAUAUUAUCAGUCUUGGCUUGAUGUACUUCUGUGUGAAGUCCUGGCAUUAUUAAAAAAAAGCAUGUUAAAAGGGACUGGUCAGAAAAAGGCAUGACGGAAAGAGGGCUACGUCGACUAGAGGGCUGUGGGACCUGAUGGCAAUCAAUGGAUUUGGUCCCUUUUGUCAGUUUCUGUUGUAAAUGUUCUAGUUGUUAGUGUUUUGAUGUUGAUAUUUUUAUCAGUUGUUUUAGCCAGAACUUAAAAAGAACAUAUUAAAGGUUAAAAUGAAUGAAGGCUGAGACUGCCACUACCUGUUUUUAAUGUGCCCGCAGUCUCCUCACACACCGAACGCAGAACUUGAGACAAAAAAAAAAACAAAAACCUCUUUCUUACAUUGAAAUCCACAACAUUAUAUAAGCACACGAGAUCGAAGAUUCUCCCUUUGGAAGAGGACGAAACGACUGUCUGUGUCAGUGGUUGAACUUUUGCUGCACCGUUUUUUCACUGUAUCGUAGAAACUUUGUCAGUGUGUGACUUUGACUUCGUACCAGCAGAGGGGGUGAGCCUUGCCGUGUAUCCUUGUCCCGUGCUGCUCCACAGUAACCCAUGCACUACUUAGGCCGUUGCUGGUGGUCACCGACACGCAGUUAUCCUUCACAUCGCCACAUAUCACGUCUAUGAGCUGACACAGCCGAGCAGAUAAAGAAAACAAAAAAAAAACAGAAACGUAGUGAACCUUACGUGAGUCCCAUCCUCCCGUCUCCGCCGCCUGUGCUGUGACAUAUCCGACACGCCAUGAAAACUGUGCCCCUCCCCCUCGCUCCCUCUCACUUUUUGCACCAUGCGACGCGUUGUAAUACCCGUACUGAAACUAUGUGAUGUUUUUUAUGGCUCUCAGUAAUUGUCUGUGCGGUGGGCCGCGGCCCAGUUGUCUGUUGUUGCCACCAGUCUGACAAGAUGCUUUUCUUUCAUUUUGUGUGCGUGUAUGUAUGUAUGUGUGUGUGUGUGUGCGUGCGUGUAUUUCCACUUAGUCAUGGGAAUGUUUAAAUGGGAACAUAAGACGCCGUUUAACUUUACAAGUCAUCUAUAAUGAAGGUUUGCCAAAGUAUUUGGACAGUUCGCACAAAUUAUUCUCACCCCCGUUCAGAUCCGUCCGCUCUAUGGUCCUAGUCCACUAGUUUCAUAGCAGUGAACCUAUAACUAUAAGUAAUGUUUUUCUUCUGUUUGCGUUAGAUUUGGAUCUUAUUUCGAGGCCUAAAGAGGAAAAACUACCACAAGGACAGAUCACAUCCAGUUAAAGGUACCCUGUGGAGGUUUUGACCAACAGCAGCACUACAGAGGCAUUUAAUUUUUCAGACGCACUAUAACAUUCCACAUGCACAUUAUUCCACUGAUCUGAAAGUAGUGAUCACACACACGGUGUCAUGUGCCAACAAAAGACAAAAAACAAUGCAGGUAUCAAUAGGUUUUAUAGUUUAUAGAAAUACUGAACUCCACAGGACACCUUCAAUCAUUUUGUGACUGCAGGCUGGGAACUCAAGACCAGGCUUCAAAUUUUACUAAAUGAAUUGGUGGAAAAGAAUUGUACAAGUUUUGGACGGUGGUUUCCGAUGGAAUACAUCAACUCAUUGAGUACAAAGGUAGUGUUAUAAUUUUCAGUCACUCAUCUUAGCCUUUAGUCUUGUUAAAAAUAACAUGAUAAAACGUGAAGUUGAAUUUUUCAUCUUGGGUUUUGGUGCCAAUUUCACACAGAAUUACACACAUCUAACAGCAACAAGAGCAUUAUUUGUGAAGUUGAUUGUCCAAUCCUAAAAUGGUUUGAAUUAUUAAAUGUUUGAGUGCAAUAAGUUCUGUGAUAUUUAAAUUUCAGCAUUAAUAUUCAGUGGUAAUUAUGUCACUACUAUACAAAUUAUGAGCCAUCCAGUUUAAUGGAGUAACAUGACAGGGUAUUAGUUGUCAAAAGAACUAUCUGCAAAAGAAAAAUAAAGUGAGAAUGCAUCUUAACGGUACAAAUACUUUGGCAAAUGUUUAAUAUGCGUUAUUUACAACUCUGACUGAAACAAGGGCCCAGAAAGAUGCUGAAAUGCUUCAAACACAUGCUGGAAAAGGAUCAUUAAAAAAGACACACACACAAUCUUUAACAGCAACACUAUAUAUGCAGUUUUACAAAUAUAGGAAGAAAUAUGCAUGUCUACUUUCUGGUAAUUUUUCACUGUUUACUUGAUAAAGAAAUGGAAAUCUGUGUUAUUUGCAUCCUCGAGGUUAUGAAAUGGUUGUCUGAGAUAUCGAAAUCACGUGAUGUUAUCUCGCAUUAAAAUGCAUAAAAGAUUAGCAAAAGCCUUAGCUUGUAUGUGCCCCUUUAAAAGUACAUUUAUUGCAUUGUAACCUUACAAUAAAAGAGGGGGCUUCACAUGUCUAUACUCUGAGUUUCAAUUGGAUGCUGGAUUUUUGCAUGACCAUAAGUUAAUAAAAAUCAUACAUUAAAAUGUG